AUGAGCUCUCUUGUUUUCGUCGUGUCCUCACUCGAGGCCCUGCACGCCUCCAAGGAUGCCCAGCGGAACAAGCAGCUGGUCGAGUUGACAGAGAAGGCCCUGAAAGCUGUCAAGGAGGGCCAGAAUCAGUCCCAGCUACCAGAUCCCGACAUUGUGUUUGCGCCGCUGCAGCUGGCUACCAAGACAAACAGUGCACAGCUGAUCAACAUCGCCCUCGACUGCAUCGGCAAGCUCAUAUCAUCAUCGUACUUCUCCACCACAACCCAGGAGGAUGGCACCGAACGAGCCCCCUUGAUCGACCGCGCUAUCGACACUAUAUGCGAUUGCUUCCAGGGUGAAACCACGGUUGUCGAUGUCCAACGCCACAUUGUCCAGGCACUGUUAGCUGCUGUGCUCAAUGAUAAGAUUGUUGUCCACGGUGCUGGUCUGCUCAAGGCUGUACGUCAGGUCUACAAUGUCUUCCUGCUCUCCAGAAGCACCGAUACUCAGCAGGCUGCCCAAGGAACAUUGACUCAGAUGGUCGGCAUGGUCUUUGAGCGAGUCAAGUCAAGGCUGCACAUGAAAGAGGCGCGCCUGAACCUGUCCAAGCUGAAGAACAACUCGAGCAAUGGGACAUUUGAAGCUCCCGAAUCAGUAAACGGGAUUGCCGGGGGAGACGAAGAUGACAAUGCCGCGGAGGAGAGCGAGGGCGCAGACGAGAAGGAUGGCCAAGUCGACGCCGCAUCAGUUGACCCGGGAUCCGACGCUUCUCCGCCAGAAGACGCCAAUGAGGAUGGUGCUGCCGGCAAGCUCACCCUGAAAGAUCUUGAGCAUAGGAAGAGCUUCGACGACUCGAACCUCGGCGAUGGCCCAACCAUGGUCACACAAUUGAAACCCAAGAACGGAGCUAGCAGUGUAUCGGGCCAAGCUGAAGGUGAGAACACGCCUGAGGAUACAGCCGAAUCGCUGGACGCCGAAGACGAAGUCUACAUCCGAGACGCCUACCUUGUCUUCCGGUCUUUCUGCAACCUCUCCACUAAGAUCCUUCCCCCCGAUCAGCUGUACGACUUGCGUGGCCAGCCUAUGCGUUCAAAGCUGAUCUCACUUCACCUUAUUCGUACGCUCCUCAACAACCAUAUUCACGUCUUCACUUCUCCAUUAUGUACUAUAACCAACACCAAGACCAAUGAUUCCACCAACUUCCUGCAAGCGAUUAAAUAUUAUCUAUGUUUGAGUAUUACACGGAACGGAGCCAGUUCCGUUGACCGUGUUUUCGAAGUCUGCUGCGAGAUAUUCUGGCUGAUGCUGAAGUUCAUGCGGGCGCCUUUCAAGAAAGAGAUAGAGGUGUUCUUGAACGAGGUGUACCUUGCCCUUCUGGCUCGAAGAGGAGCACCAAUAAACCAGAAGCUAUACUUUCUCGGCAUUCUGAAUCGCCUAUGUGGCGACCCGAGGGGCUUGGUGGAGCUCUACCUCAACUAUGAUUGUGAUAGGACCGUUGUCAACAACAUUUUCCAAACCAUCAUUGAGGACCUGUCAAAAUUUGCCACGGCCCCUGUUGCUGUAACACCAGCUCAAGAACAACUUUAUGAAGAAAAGAGCUCAAACUUGAGCCACAAUUCCGAGUGGCAGCUCAAAGGCAUGUUGCCUCCGCCUUUGACGGUCGUGCAUAUUGUGCCACCCAACGAGCCUGAGCCUGACGUGCCUAAGGAGUACGCUAUCAAGAGAACUGCUCUUGAUUCCCUGGUUGAUGCGCUGCGAGCUUUAGUGAACUGGUCUAUGGUUGGUCGUCCAGAUAUUAGCCAAAGUGCUAGCAACGGCGAGAAUAGGGGUUCGACUGAUGACAUCCGAGAGUCGAUAGAUCCUUCUAUCAGCGACAGCGUUUCCCGAAUGGACACCCCUUUGCCGCCAUCUACUCCCCUGCUAGAAGACGAUCCGGCGCAGUUGGAGAAAGAGAAGGCAAGGAAAACAGCCAUGUCGAAGGCUAUACGUCUUUUCAACGAGAAACCCAAGAAGGGUAUCAAAAUCUUCCUACAGGAGGGCUUCAUUGCCAAUGAUAGCCCAGAAGAGAUUGCAAAGUUCCUCCUGACCCAUGAACAACUCGAUAAGACACAGAUUGGUGAAUAUUUGGGCGAGGGUGAUGCCAAGAACAUCGAAAUCAUGCAUGCAUUCGUCGAUUCAAUGGAUUUCACCAAAAGACGCUUCGUUGACUCCCUUCGACAAUUCCUACAAUCCUUCCGACUCCCUGGUGAAGCUCAGAAGAUUGAUCGAUUCAUGCUCAAGUUUGCUAAUCGCUACGUGAUGGGCAACCCAAUUGCCUUUGCCAACGCAGAUACUGCCUACGUGCUGGCAUAUUCUGUCAUUCUGCUUAAUACAGAUCUUUAUAGCGCUCAGGUCAAGAAACGGAUGACCAAGGAGGACUUCAUCAAGAACAACAGGGGUAUAAAUGACAAUGCUGAUCUUCCUGAAGAGUAUUUAAAUGCCAUCUACGAUGAGAUCGCAAGAGAGGAGAUUGUGCUCAAGAGCGAGCGACAAGCUGCCGCAAUGGCCGGCACUCUGCCAGCUGCUUCGUCGAGUGGUUUUGCCGCUGGUCUUGGUCAGGCUUUGUCCAAUGUUGGGCGCGACUUGCAGCGGGAGGCCUACGUGCAGCAGUCGGAAGAAAUUGCGUUGCGCUCCGAGCAACUCUUCAAAACUCUCUUCAAGAACCAACGGCGCAGUGCUGCGAAAGCUGGCAUCAAGUUCAUACCAGCAACCUCCUUCAAACACGUAGGGCCAAUGUUCGAUGUGGUCUGGAUGUCCAUGUUCUCAGCUCUUGCGAACCAGAUGCAAAAGUCGCAAAAUCUUGAGGUCAAUCGCUUAUGCUUAGAUGGCAUGAAGCAAGCAAUCAAGAUAUCCUGCUUGUUCGAGCUUUCGACCCCACGCGAAGCCUUUAUGUCCGCUGUCAAGAACGCCACCAACCUCAAUAACCCUCAGGAGGUCCAUGCAAAGAAUGUAGAGGCGCUACGGGUUAUCCUUGAAUUAGGGCAGACGGAAGGCAACUUCUUGAAAGAGUCCUGGAAAGACAUCCUUAUGUGUAUCAGUCAGCUCGACAGGUUACAACUAAUUUCCGGCGGAGUAGACGAAGGUGCGAUUCCCGACGUGUCAAAAGCUCGGUUCAUACCACUUGAGAGGACGAACACUAGCGAUUCAAAGAAGUCGACAGCCUCGACCAGGCGGCGCGGCCGGUCUAACACAGCACCCAAAGGAGUUUCGACCGAGAUUGCACUUGAAAGCAGGUCCGACGAGGUCAUUAAGGGAAUCGACCGGAUAUUCAGUAACACUGCCAACCUGAACGGCGAGGCAAUCGUACACUUUGCCCAGGCCUUGACCGAGGUCAGUUGGGACGAGAUCAAAGUCUCCGGAUCCAACGACUCCCCACGAACAUACAGUUUGCAGAAAAUCGUUGAGAUCAGUUAUUACAACAUGACCCGUGUACGUUUCGAAUGGACUAGCAUCUGGGCUGUGCUCGGAGAGCACUUCAACAAGGUCGGCUGCCAUAACAAUACCGCUAUUGUCUAUUUCGCUCUAGAUUCUCUCAGGCAGCUAUCUAUGCGUUUCAUGGAAUUUGAGGAGCUGCCCGGUUUCAAGUUCCAAAAGGACUUCCUAAAACCAUUCGAACACGUCAUCUCCAACUCCAGCAACCUUACUGUCAAAGAUAUGGCGCUACGAUGCUUGAUCCAAAUGAUCCAAGCACGUGGUGAGAACAUCCGAUCUGGCUGGAGAACCAUGUUUGGCGUGUUCACCGUUGCUGCACGAGAUCCACAUGAAUCCAUCGUGGCCUUGGCUUUCGAAAACGUCACUCUGGUUUACAGAACUCGCUUUGGUGUUGUUAUCUCGCAGGGUGCUUUCACCGAUCUGAUUGUCUGUCUGACUGAGUUUUCAAAGAAUAUCAAGUUCCAGAAGAAGAGCUUGCAGGCUAUGGAGACACUCAAGUCCAUCAUCCCUCGCAUGCUCAAGACUCCCGAAUGCCCACUGUCUGAGAGGUACAACCAGGCAGGCGUGUCUGAUGUCAAUGGUCAAAAGUCCGCAGAUGUACUCUCUAGAAAGCAGAGCGGGACGUCUGUAGAAGAGGGUUUCUUUUUUCCUGUUCUGUUCGCCUUCCAUGACGUGCUAAUGACUGGCGAAGAUCUCGAGGUACGGUCGAAUGCCCUGAAUUAUUUCUUCGAGGCACUGCUAAAGUAUGGUGGCGGCUUCCCAUCCGACUUCUGGGACAUACUGUGGCGCCAACAGCUCUACCCUAUCUUCAUGGUUUUGCGAUCGAGACCAGAAUUAUCCAAUGCAUUGAACACUGAAGAUCUGUCCGUAUGGUUAUCGACUACCAUGAUUCAGGCUCUGCGGAACAUGAUUGUGCUAUUUACUCACUACUUCGAUGCAUUAGAGUAUAUGCUCGAUCGUUUCUUAGAACUUCUGGCUCUCUGUAUUUGUCAGGAAAACGAUACAAUUGCAAGGAUAGGCAGCAACUGCUUGCAGCAGCUCAUCCUGCAAAAUGUUACCAAGUUUAAUGGUGAGCACUGGGCGAAAAUUGUCGGCGCGUUCUGCGAGCUUUUCGAAAGGACUACCGCUUAUCAGCUCUUCUCGGCAACGACCAUCAACACACCAGCAACGCCAUCAACACUGUCCCCGCCACCAAAUGGGCUUGGAUUCGAGGUGCCACUUACACCGACGGACGAGUCAGCCGAUGAGAAAUCUCUUAAAAUCAAUGGUUCGGAUAAGAACGGCAUGCCCUCUGGAUCUGAUUCCUCAACAAUUUCAGCGCCCUCUGUGGCCAGUGUCGACGAGGCACUUAAGACUCCAACUGCUCCCGCUGCUCAGAUUCCGCUAGAAGAUUACAAGCCCUCAUCAAAUCUCCAACAACAACCAGUAGUUGUGACGGCCGCGCGGCGCCGCUUCUUUAACCGUAUCAUUUCUCGAUGCGUGCUCCAGCUCCUCAUGAUUGAGACGGUAAACGAGCUAUUUUCAAAUGAUGAUGUCUACAAGCAGAUCCCUAGUAUGGAACUUCUGCGACUGAUGGCAUUGCUCAAGAAAUCAUUCAUGUUCGCCCGUCGCUUCAAUAACGACAAGGAGCUACGAAUGCGUCUUUGGCGUGAGGGGUUCAUGAAGCAGCCGCCAAACCUACUCAAACAAGAAAGCGGGUCAGCAGCAACGUACAUACAAAUUCUCUUCCGCAUGUUCGGUGACACCUCACCGUCACGGGCGGAGAGCAGACCAGAGGUAGAGAAGGCUUUGAUUCCUCUUUGCAAGGAUGUCAUCAAAGGCUACAUCGCAUUGGAGGAAGAAUCACAGCAACGCAACAUCGUCGCCUGGCGACCAGUCGUCGUCGAUGUCCUGGAAGGAUACUCCACAUGGCCAGAGAAAGAGUUUGAAGAGCAUGUGCAUGCAUUUUAUCCGCUUGUUGUUGAAUUGCUGGCAAAGGAAGUCAGCGCUGAUUUGCGAGGCGCGCUCCUUGCCGUAUUGAGAAGAGUUGGUGAGGUUGUUCUGGGCAUUCAAGGAAUGGCCAAUGGUAACGGACGUAGGGAGAGCGUUGUCAGUAAUGCCACAGAAACUGCGGCGCUUGACGAGCGCGGCGAAGAGGAGGGCGAGGUUGGCACUAGGACCAUGCGAGUCUAA